UCAAUCAAGUGCAUAUUCAAGAAAAGUUAAAAAAAGGAAAUGUACAAAGUUCUACAAAAUAUGUAAUAGUGCGGCAGCUAUUGCAUGUGUAUAUCAUGAGAAAUUUUUACUGAAACAGGGUAAUAGAUUUGUUUAUUCUCAAGGAUGGAGCUGGGUUCAAGAAACACUUAAAACUCCAGGUGAAAGUUAUAACAUAUUUAGGAUGGAGUCUCAUGCUAUAUUGAAACUUGAAGAGUUAUUGGUGAGUAGGGGUUGGUUACAUCCAUCUAAGGAAAUGACAUCCUUGGAGGCACUUGCUAUGUUUCUUUGGAUUUGUGCACAUAGUGAGACAAAUAGGACUGUACAAAAUAAAAUUGGAAAGUCAGGAGAGACGGUAAGUAGGAAGUUUGGUGAAGUUCUAGAUAGUUUAUGUUUAUUAGCAAAGGAAAUUGUAAAGCCUCCAGAUGUUAACUUUGUUGAAAUUCCAACUAAAGUUAAAGAUGAUAGAAGAUUUUGGCCUUACUUUGAAGGAUGCAUUGGUGCUAUAGAUGGAACACAUAUACCUGCCAUUGUUUCAUCCAAAGAUCAAGUUCGCUUCAUCGGUAGAAAGGAAUAUCCAACACAAAAUGUCAUGUUAGUGUGCAACUUUGACAUGCUAUUCACUUUUGUUGUUGUUGGUUGGUCUGGUACUGCACAUGACACACGCAUCCUUUCAUCGACGAUUGAAGAAAUGAAAAAUGUGUUUCCUCACCCUCCUGAAGGAAAGUACUAUCUUGAUGCUGGAUAUCCAAACAUGAAAGGUUAUCUAGCACCAUACAAGGGUGAAAGAUAACACAUUCCUGAUUUUAGAAGUGGUAGUCAAGCAGAAGGUUUACAAGAAAUAUUCAAUCAUGCACAUUCAUCACUAAGAAAUGUCAUUGAAAGAACAAUUGGGAUGUAGAAGAAAAGGUGACAUAUCUUAUGUGAUAUGAGACCAUAUCCAUUGAUCAAACAACAAAAGAUCAUAGUUGCAACAACAGUUCUCCAUAAUUUCAUUUGAAUAUGUGGUGUUGAAGAUGAGGAAUUAAAUAGAUGUGAUAAUGUUCCAGGAUAUAUGGCUGAGUAAAAAGGAGAAAGGAUUAACAAUGAAAAUAUGAGUUCAUAUAAUCCUAGAAGAGCGUCAGAUGAUGUUAUGGAUCGAGAUCGAAACCAGAUAGCACUUGGAUUGAUAGAAAAUAGAAACCAUUGACAUGGAUUCUUUUAUGGAUUUGUGACUUGUAAUUUGUUAGAGAUUUUAUAUGGA